AUGGAUGGAGAAGAAGUUAAGGAAGGAGAAGAAAUUAGGGAUGACGAAGAAAGUAAGGAUCGAGAAGAAGUUAUGGACAGAGAAGAUGUUAAGGAAGAAGGAGAAAAAUUAAGGAACGAGAAGAAGUUAGGGAAGAAGAAGAAGUUUGGGAUGGAGAAGAAGUUAAGGAUGGAGAAGAAGUUUGGGAGUGAGGAGAAGUUUGUAAUGGACGAGAAGAAUCGAAGUAUGGAGAAGAAGAAGUUUAGGAAGGAGAAGAAGUUAAAGAAGAAGAAGUUUUGGAUGGAGAAGAAGUUAAGGAUAAAGAAGAAAGUAUGGAUGGGGAAGAAGUUUGGGAUGAAGAAGAAGUUUGGAAUGGAGAAGAAUCUACUAAUUAAGGAAGCAGAAGAAGUUAAGGAGGAUGGAGAAGAAGUUAGGGAAGGAGAAAAUGUUAAGAAUGAAGAACAACUUAGGGAAGGAGAAGAAGUUAAGGAUGGAGAAAUAGUUUGGGAUGGGGAAGAAGUGAAGGAAGGAGAAGAAGUUAAGGAAGAAGAAGAAGUUUUGGAUGGAGAAGAAGUUAGGGAAGGAUAA